AAGUGUUCUUCGUUGGGUUAAAAAUGAAUUGGAUUCAAGAAAAUGUUUUUUACCUCAACUAAUGGAGCAUGUUCGUUUAGCAUUUACAUCGGAAAAUUAUAUAAUUCAAAAAGUACUGAAGGAACCAAUUCUUAAUAAUUGCCUUAAAUGUAAGUUAAAAUUUUUUUGUUUAAAUAUGCCUAUAUUGAAUGCAUUUAUAUAAUUUAUGUUUUAUAAUUAAUAAAGGUAAAGAGUAUAUAAAUGAGGUUUUACAUUUUCAUUUUCCUAAAAGACAUGAGUCAGAUCAAGUUAUCCCUAUUCCAGAACGCAUCCGGUAUAAGCCUAGACUUGAAGAUAAAGUAUGAUUCCAAUUUAAAUUAUUUCUCUUUCAAAUAUUUUAUUGAUUUCAUUUUUACAGGUUAUUCUAGUAGUUGGUGGAAUGGGGACAAAAUAUUCAGAUUCUACUGAAUGGUACGACCCAAAAGUCAACCAAUGGAAGUUAAUGGCAAAAAAACCAACUAAGCGUGUUCUAGCCAGUGUAGCUGUAUCAAAAGAUAAUCUUUUCUUUGUUGUGGGUGGUUAUGGUUUGGGAUCGUAUCUUAGGUCUGGUUUUGUGAUAGAUUUAUUUUCAGAAUCACCUAGUAAACGAAUUGAUGACAUGUUAGUCAAAAGAGCUAAAUUAGGAGUUGGCGUGAUAAAUAAAAAUCUGUAUGCUGUUGGCGGAUUUGAUGGUACUAAUUGUUUAAAUAGUGCCGAAGUUUUUGAUGACAGUACUAAAAAAUGGCGUAUGAUAUCUAGUAUGUCUACUAGAAGAGGCGAAUUUGGAGUCGGAGUUCUGAAUAAUCUUUUAUAUGCGGUAGGAGGUAGUGAUUUUAUGUCAGGAGAGGUGUUCAACUCUGUUGAAUGUUAUCAUCCCAGUCUUGAUGCAUGGAGACCAGUCGCAGAAAUGUGUAAACGUCGACGUGGUGUGGGUGUAGGAGUUUUAGAUGGCGUCCUGUAUGCUGUAGGUGGUCAUGAUGGAUCAGAAACUCUGAAAAGUGUAGAAGCAUACAGACCAAGUACAGGAGUUUGGACUACAAUGGCAGACAUGAAUUUGCCUCGGAAAUUAGUUGGUGUAGUUGCAUUAGAAGGAUUAUUGCAUGCAGUCGGUGGACGUGACGAUUCUUUUGUUUUUAAUUCUGUAGAAGUUUAUAAUCCCAUCACCAAUACUUGGACCAUGCUAGGUGCGCCAAUGAAUGUACAACGGUGUUGUGUGGAAGUAGCAGCCAUUAAUAGACCACCUAAUUUAAAAAUUAGUACAAAUGAUUUUUUUGUUGUUACAACAGGUAUAUAAA